AAGAAAUGAGGAAAAGUGCGGAAAUCUUUUACCAGGGCCAGAAGUCCUUGUUAAACAUCUUCUCGCUGUGGCCACAGGAUGAACACUGGUGGAGAAUCUUCCACCAGGUGAACUAUGUGCAUGUGAUCUGCUUUUGGGUACUGCUCUUCGAUCUGGCCAAUCUGACCGACAUGUCGGAGGUUGUCAGGGCCAUCUUUGUCCUGGCCACCAGUGUGGGACAUACGACCAAACUGCUCAGCAUUAAGGCCAACAAUGUGGCGCUGGAGGAGCUCUUCCACCGGUUGGACGACGAGGAUUUCCGGCCAAGAGGCGCUGAAGAGGAGGUGAUCUUUGCGGGCGCCUGUGAAAGUAGUCGGAAGCUUAGGGAUUUCUAUGGCACUCUGUCCGUGGCCGCCUUGUCCAUAAUUCUUAUACCCCAAUUCGUUCUGGACUGGUCCCACCUGCCACUGGGCACGUACAAUCCCUUUGGCGAGAAUCCUGGCUCACCUGGCUACUGGUUCCUGUACUGCUACCAGUGCCUCGCCUUGUCCGUCUCCUGCAUCACCAAUAUAGGCUUCGAUUCCCUCUGCUCCUCGCUGUUCAUCUUCAUAAAGUGCCAGCUGGAUAUUCUGGCGGUGAGGCUGGACAAGAUGGGUCAGCCUCAUAGUUCUGGUUACUCCUCCGUUGAACAGCAACUGAAGCAAAACAUACGCUAUCACAUGAACAACGUGGAGUUGACCAAAAUAAUCGAACGACUUCUCUGCAAGCCGAUUUCGGUGCAGAUCUUCUGCUCGGUAUUGGUUUUGACUGCCAAUUUUUAUGCUAUAGCUUUGUUGUCUGAUCAGAAGUUGGCGCUCUUUAAGUAUAUCACCUAUCAGGCGUGCAUGCUGAGUCAGAUCUUCAUAUUGUGCUACUUUGCCGGUGAGGUCACCCAGCGCAGCUUGGAGCUGCCCCAUGAGCUCUACAAGACCUCUUGGGUGGACUGGAGUCGCCCCAACCGAAGGAUUGUGCUGCUCUUUAUGCAACGCCUGCACUCCACUCUGCGGAUAAGGACCCUAAAUCCCAGCCUGGGCUUUGAUUUAAUGCUUUUCAGCUCGCCGAAUGAGUUAUUGGCCUAUAAAAGCGUUUCCGCAAGCGAUUUUAUGGUCAAAGUGAAAAUCGUCAGCAUGUAUCAGGAUCAAGUGACAACGAAGGACUUCUACAAGUACCAGGUGUGGUACUUUCAGAUCCUCGGAGUCUGGAGGCUUCCCAUUUGGGCCACGAACCAACAGCGCCGCUGUCAUUACCUUCGGUUUGUCUUCAUCCUGGUCAUCCUCUGCAUCAUGCUGCUGCUCUUCGCCUUGGCGCUGAUAAAUAGAAUUUCCGAAGUGCGGGAGAUCAUGAAAGUGUUCUUCAUGUUCGCCACCGAGAUAUCCUGCAUGGCUAAGCUAUUGCACCUGAAGGUGCAGAGCGAAAAACUCGCUGGUCUCGUCGAGAUGAUGCUGUCCUCAAAGUUGGCCGUUAAAAGUGAACAGGAAAGGCGGAUUUUGGAAUCGGCCAGAGUGGCGGUCGUCCACAUGAGGAACUUUUAUGGCACCAUGUCCCUUGGAACGGCCUCGUUGAUCCUCAUGGUUCCCUGUUUCGACAACUACGAGGAGCUACCACUGGCCAUGUUCGAGGUGUGCAACAUCCAGGGAAAGAUCUGCUAUUGGCUGCAGUUCAUCUUUCACUCCAUGUGCCUUCUGUCAACUUGUGUCCUCAACAUUACCUACGACUCGGGGGCCUUCUCCCUGCUCUGCUUUUUGAAGGCGCAGCUCCAGAUGUUGGUCAUAAGAUUGGAGAAGUUGGGCCCUGUGGUUGAUCCUCGGGACAAUAACAGGAUUGCCAAGGAGUUGCGCGAAUGUGCUGCCUACUACAACCACAUUGUGCAGUUCAAGGACCUGGUGGAACUGUUCAUAAAAGCACCAGGAUCCGUGCAAAUCAUGUGCUCAGUGCUCGUGCUGGUAUCCAACCUGUAUGACAUGUCCACCAUGUCGAUUGCCAAUGGCGAUGCCAUCUUCAUGGCCAAGACCUGUAUUUACCAACUGGUCAUGCUCUGGCAGAUCUUCAUCGUUUGCUACGCCUCCAACGAGGUGACUGUCCAAAGUUCCAGACUGUGUCACAGCAUCUACAGCUCCCAGUGGACAGGAUGGAACAGGUCGAACCGGCGGAUUGUCCUGCUCAUGAUGCAGCGCUUCAACUCACCGAUACUCCUGCACACCUUGAAUCCCACCUUUAUUUUCAGCUUGGAGGCCUUCGGUUCUAUUGUAAACUGCUCCUACAGCUAUUUCGCUCUGCUCAAGCGGGUCAAUAGUUAGAUUUCAAACUGUAAAAGGAGGAUAGCACCCAAGUACUUAG